CCUGCGUUGACCCAUGGCGUUGACUGAGAAAGCCUGUCAUUAACUUUCGCUUAGAUAUUCGCAGUAUUUACGCAUACCGUGCACUUCUUCGCUAUGAAGAAGUUCUUUGAAUAGCUACGUACAAGAGCAGGCAAAUGUAGCCUUUUCUCGACAAAUGUCAACGCUAAGGUCUCGGCGCUGAAGAUGCAGACAGAAAUCAGUCGCUUGGCCUCUCAAUUAGACCAGUGCUGUGGAGUCAACGAUGUCCGCUUCGCGAGAACUUUGCUAAGAAAGGUGUACUCACACAUAGCGAGUGGGCACGAUCUAUCGCCUUUAACGGGGAGACUCGUGAAACUCCUCUCUUCGCAAGACAUCCUGUCAAAGAAAGUUGCGUGCCUUUACGUUUCAAGAUGCAGGCAAACCGAGGAGGUUGGAUUGCUUGCCGUCAACUGCCUUCUAAAGGACACUGCAGACCCCAACCCCAUAUAUCGUGGCCUCGCGCUGAAUACCCUCUUCAGUGUUCCAGCUGUGAUGGAACAGGCUGUGCCGAGACUUGUAGUGGGACUUGAAGAUGCAAGUGCUUAUGUUCGCCGAGCAGCGGUGUCGUGCACGUUGAGCUUGAACCAGUACCACGCAGAAAUUGUAGACGAGUUGGAUCUGGCUGACAAGCUGUACGCCAUGAUAAGGGAUCAGGAUCCCAUCGUCGUCGUGCAGUGCCUGCACGCCCUUGAUGAGAUUCUGCAUGCCGAAGGUGGAAUUGCCGUUAACAAGAAGAUAUCGGCUUACCUUUUGAAGCAGCUUCCACUGUUCAGCAACUGGGAUGCGAUAGCCGUGUUCGAAUACCUUAAGAAAUACCAGCCCAAAACGGAGGAAGAGGCGCUCAUGUUUGUCAACGCCCUUGAUCCGUACCUAACGUCAAACAGCAUUGCAGUACAGCUCAGUGCCUUCGAACUGUUUGUUCACGCGACCCAAAGUUUAAGUCACUUGCAAACGGAGGGCAUUACGCAGGUUUGGUCAAAGCUUUCCACCAGCCUUGGCUUUUGCGAGCACGAAAUGACGUGGACAGUCCUCGAAUGGGUUGAAAAAUAUGUGCAUGUUUACCCUGACAUUUUCAGGCCUCACUCGACGAAAUUCUUCGCGUGGUUUUCAGAUCCCCCAGCACUCAAGGUGAAGAAAAUGAAGAUAUUGAAGUGUCUGGUGCAUGAAAGCAACCUGCUUGACAUAUACGACGAACUCCUUGGCUUCUGCAACGACCGAAACGACGACGUUCGCAAGUGUGCCCUGCAGCUAGUGGCCUCUCUCGCCAACAAACACAAUGACGCAAGAAAGGUGCUGAUAACUGAGCUAUUGCCUUUACUGAACGUGGCCAAUGAAGCGCUAGUGACCGACGUCCUGGGAGCCUUGUGCUCGUUGAAUUUCGACAAGUCCGAAGAGAGCAACAAAGUGCUGGACAGCAUUGUUAAACGGAAGUGGACAUGCGUUAGUGCCGAGUUCAAGUGCAAUCUUAUUGAUGUUGUUUCUACUCAUGGUCUUCAUUUUGAACCCUCUGUGUACAUUCUUGAAGAUUACAUUGAGAAUAUAAAAGAAGAAGAAGCAAGCGUGAAGCAGCAUCUCUUAACUGCUACCCUGAGAUUGUUCUUCGCGAGACCGUGUCAAGUGCAAGACCUAUUGGGCAUAGUGUUUGAUGCACUGUGUCAAGACGACAAUCCUUUUCUCCAAUCUCAGUCGAGGUGCUACUACGAACUUAUGCUUCACAAUCCUGACUUGCUAAAGGACAUUAUUUCAUCCUGACAGAGCAUGUCUCUGUCAGUAGAACAAAGAACUGCCAAUGAGCGUCACCUUUGCAGCAAUGCUGGGUGAGAAUGAGCCAUCUUUAUUUACUCUAGUGUUAUACAGAUCAAAUUAAUAAUGCGACGUCUAAUUUCCUUUGCCAUUGUCUUCGGAAGAGCCAAGCACAGUUGUGUCGAGCAGCUCUUUCAGUUUGUCCCUGUAAUGAGAAGAAAGAAAAAAAGCGUGAUGCUAUUUUUAGCAUUGCUUUCUCUUUAUAUCAGUACUUUCUGACAUGGCUUACGUUGGCUGUAGUGACACUCUUAUUUCUUUUGUUGAAUUUAGACAUUUAUGAGCUUACCACUGCCUCUCUAGCAGUCGUAGGCUGCAGAGAAAAAUCAUUUUGCGAACUAUGCAACAGUGCAUUCAGUGAUUUGUUCAUUGGCCUGGGAGCACUGAAAAUCAGUUAUGAGUGAACCUAGGCUUAAAGAAAAUGUUUUGCCAGCUAAACAUUCUGACUUGCCUAUCCAUUAGUGAAUCCAUUUCGUUGCUUCCUGCGCUGCUUUUGUUUGACAAUGUUACAAUUCCUCUCAUCUGACUGAAUGAAGUUGUUCACCUGUGUGUGCCAUUUUCGUAGAUAACAGCCGUUUUAAUUUAUACUCUACUAGCAAGGGAAGUAUGUUUAAACACGUGGAUUUUCAUCUCUUGUUUCGAGCGACAAGUAAAUAAACACGCAUAACAUGAAGUUUCAAGUUCGAAAUGCUCGUGAAAUAAUGCAAAACUAGUUCCUAUAUAGUAUGUCAAACUGAAAACUGGCAUUGGAGUAUUUAUAACCGAAUGUGUUGCUAUUGUAACAGUGCUUUUCCUAACAAAGAACCAAGUUUACAAAGUUUUAUAUUUAUGCCAUGCAGCUCCAGACAUCACAUGCAAUCAGCUCCUAAUGUGAAUUGAUUUGUUUCUCCUAAGCAUGCAGUGUCGGCAAUUUUAUUGACACCAGCAUCUUCAUUCUCGAGCGGUGUUUACAGUGUCACAAUAUAGGUCUCUCAUACCAUCAACAUGAAAUGCCUACAUCGUUAAUACAUACCAUUAAUGACGAGUCGGCCAGUUUAUUUGUUUUCUACUUCUAUAUUGUAUAGAUAGUUACGG